GUCCUUCAAAGAGUUGGUUACAAGCAUUAGUCAGAAAUAUGGCAACUUCAAGCAAUAUUAUAGGAUUCACGGAACGCCAAUUGCCAUGCAAGUUUGGUCAUGAAUCUUGUUCAAAAGUCCCAUCCAAUGUUGCAAUUAAGUCGGGGAAUUUAAUUCCAAGAAUCUUGAAUUGGCGGACUGUUGAAGAAAGACCGAAAUUUGAUGCUUUGAUGGAAGGCAUAUUUAGAGAUGACAUACACCCGAUUUGUACUUUUGAUGAUGUUGUUCCAACCACUGCUGAGUUGGAACGACUUAAUUUACCUCCUGUUGUUUCACAAGCUAUCCCCAACCCAACAGACGGAGUUGAAGUUGCCGAAGGCAACGAGAUGGUUGAUGAUGACUUCAGUACCACACCACCACACAAUGUAAGGGGUAAACAACAGCAGCGAUCUGCCGUAUCUGAUUCACCGCCUUAUAAGAAACGCAGAGUUUCGAUUCUGAGGCCAUCAUGA